AUGUCAAACGUGUCAAAAUAUUUUUUUUUUUUCCAAAUUGUUUAUUUAUUUUUUUGAUAUAAAUUAUAUGUGACAUUAGUGUAUGUGUGUAUAUUUAUUAUUAAUGUAUAAAAAAUAAGCAUAAUUAAAUUUAGUAAUAAUUAUUGCUUUGUUAAACAAUAUGUUUGUUUAUUAAUUUAAAAAAUUGUUUGAUUGUUUAGAUUAAUUAAAUAUGGCUGCAAAUGUUGACAUAUUGUUAUCCUGAUUUUAAUUUACCUGGAACUUUUAAUAUAAAAAGUUUACCAUGUCGGGUGAAUCAACAUCUUCACCACCACAUGAACCACCUGAAUUGGUGGAGGACACUGGUACAUCUGGUGUCAUCAACAUUCAGGAUAUAACAGAAACAGAUAACUGCCAAAGUAUGAGCUAUCAAGAAAUAAUGAUGAAAAAUAAAUUUGAUUUAAAAAAAAAAGAAGAAGAAGUACAGGAAUAUGGAAGAAAACUUAGUAAAAUUAAAUCAAGAACAAAAUUAUCACGACGAAGUGUUGAACCAUUAAGUAAUGUUGAUGAUUCUUCAUCAUCAUCAACAGUGAGACAUGAUUUAUCAUUACCAAUUAUUGAGGAUAUUAAUGAUAUUAGUGAAGCUAAAACACCAAAAGCUAAAUCAAAUUUAUUACAAAAAAAAUUAGCUGAAAAUAGAAAAAUGUUUGAACAACAUAGUAAAGAAAUGACUGAUUCAAAUCGUGCUGUUGAAGAAAAAGUUGAAGCAUUACGUCAACAAAUUAAUGAAACAGAUUUAUUACAUAAAGAUAAUAUAACAAUUUUACCAGUAAGACCAGUUGCAGUUAUAUCACAAAAUGAAACAACUCAAUUACGUGAAAAAGAUAAUAAAAUAUUAGAAUUAGAUACAAAAAUUCAUCAAUUAGAAGCAAUUAUAAUUGAUUUACAAGAUAAUUUAAAAGAAAAAGAUUCAGUUAUUGAUGCUAGAACAAAAGCAAUUGCAUUAAUGUCAGAGGAUUUAUCGAAAAAAGGUAAAACAACAUUGGAUACACUUGAAGAAACAAAAGAUGAAAUGAGAUCAAUGCAGUCUAAUUUUGUAUUAAUGGAAACAUCAUUAAAAGAUAAAAAUGAUCAUUUGAUAAUUCAACUUGAAGAAAAAACAAAAAAAAUUCAGGAACUUGAAGAUGUUGUUAAUAAAAUUGAUAAUUCAAUGAGUGAUACAAAUAUGAUAAGUGAUUUAAAGAAUGAAAUGUCAUUAAUGCAAGAAAAUUUUAUUCUCAUUGAAUCAUCACUCAAAAAUAAAAUUGAUAGCUUAAUGAUACAACUUGCUGAACGUGAAGAACAAUUAUCAAAAGUUGAUGAAAGCAUAGAUGAAUAUAAAAAUAAUUUAUCAACGAACGAACGAACAAUUGAAAUUGAAGAAAAAUUAAAAAUAUUUGAAGAAAAUAAUAAAUUAUUGGAAAAUAAAAAUGAAGAUUUAGAAAAAUAUUUUAUUGAUUUAAUUAAUAAAAAAGAUAAUAGAAUACUUGAAUUGGAAAAUCAGCUGGAAGAAAAUUCAAAGGACAUAAAUGAGAGUGAAAAUGUACAAAAAUUAACUCAACAACUUGAUGAACUAAAUAAAAAUAUGAUAAAAUUAAAAGCACAACAUAAAAAUAAGCUUAAAAAUCUUCAAAAAAAAUUAGAUGAUUUUAAGAAGAUUUCUGAUGUUAAUGCAGAACUUGUGAAACUUGGAAAUCAGGUCGCAUUAUUGGAGGAGGAGAAAGGUAACCUUCAGCUGAGUCUGGUAGACUUUGACGAGCUUAAAGCUUCAACAGCUGAGAUUCAAAAACAUGUGAGUGAAUUGGAAAAUAAAAUUUCGGCUCAAGCUGUUGAUAUUCAAACACAUGUUGAUGCAAUUGCCACAUUGGAAAAUCAAAAAUUCGAUUUAAUGCAAGAGUUACACAAUGUAAAACAAGAAGUAUCAGCUCUGGAAGCUGAAAAUGCAGACAGUGAAAAUUUACGUGUAACAGCUGAGCUUAAAGUUGUUGAUCUUGAGGAGCAAUUAGAUGCUAUUCAAAAAUUAUAUAAGUCCAAAAAUAAUCCACCAACAUCAAUUGAAACUGAUGAUACAAAUAAUGAACAAUUAUUAUCAGAAGAAAAAAUUUUAAAUGCUGAAUUAAGUGUCAAUGAAUUGCUUGAAAAAAUUGAUAAUUUAAUGGAAAAAAAUAAUUUGCUUGAAAUAGAAUUGAAAGAAUUUAAAGAAAAAAAUAUAAAUGUUGAUAAAAAAACAUCUGAAACUGAUUCAACUGAAUCAUUUGAACGUAUGUCUGAUGAAAAUAGUGAAAUAAUACAUAAAAUAUCAGUUUUAGAAGAACGCGAUAGUGAAAUAUCAGAAAGUAUGACACAAAGUAUUCAUCAAAGAAUUGAAAAUCUUGUUCAAGAAAAUAAUGAUUUAGUAAUUGAAUUGACAAAGCUUCAUGAAAAAUAUGAUUCAAUAUUUGAAGAAAAGAAUGAAUUAAAAUUGAAAAUUGAUAAAUUAUCAUUAGACAAUAAUUCAUCAUCAGAAAAUUCAGAUAUGAUGAAUAAAUUGACAAAUAUAGAGCUUGAAAAUAUUCAACUAAAAGAUAACAUUGAAAAAUUAUUAGACAAUAAAAUUAUAACAUCAUUGGAAUUAGAAUUAUCAAAUUGUAAAAGAAUAAACGACCAACAAAUUGAAUUAAUCAAAAAUAUCGAAUUAAAUCUUGAAAAUAAUGACAAAGAAUUGACAAAUAAAAAUGAAGAAAUUGAAACUUGUCAAAGUGUGAUUAAAAAUUUAACAGAAACAUCGAUGAAUUUCAUUGAGAUGGAAAAGAGAUUAGAAAAUUUAAAACAAGAUAAAUUAAUAAUUAUUGAAAAAAUGAAUCAACGUGAAGAAGAUAAUUUAAAAUUAAUGUCACAAUUAAAAAUAAAUGAAGAAGAUAAUAAAUCAAAUGUUCAAGUAUUUAAUGAUAAAAUUAUUGAUUUAGAAACAAAAUUAGGUGAAAAAGAUUCAACAAUUGAGAGUAAACAAAAUGAAAUAAUUUUAUUACAAGAAGAUAUUGAAAAACAUAAAGAGUUAAUUGAAAAUUUAAAAGCUGACAGUGUUGAAAUAAAACAAACUAUUGAUAAUAUUGAAAGCGAAAAAUUAAAAAUGACUGAAAAUAAUAAAAUGCUUGAGGCACAUGUUGCAGUUCAAGAUGACACGAUUAAAUCACUUCAAGAAGAAUUCCAGUCAACAAUUAAAAUAAUGGAAGAUCAGCUACGAGACAAAGAAAUUAUGAUGAUGAGUUUUGAUCAACAAAUACCAUUAUUACAAGAAUCAAUUGAAGAAAAAGAUAAUCUUAUUGCAGAAUUAAAAGAUGAAAUAGAAAAGAUACAACAAUUUUCUGUUGAUAAUGAAAAAUUAUUAACAAAUAAUCAAAAUGAAAUUGUUGAAUUGCAAGAAAGCAUUGAUGUUAAGGAAAAAAUUUUAAAUAAUUUACAAGAAGCAUUGGAAGAAAAAGAAAAAACAAUAAAUGAAUUACAAAAUAUGCUAAAAGACAAAGAAGAUAUUUCACAUAAUUUACAAAUUCAGUUAAAUGAAAAAGAAGAAUUUAUGAAAAAUAUGAAAUUAGAAAUGAGUGAUCUCAAAAAUAUGUUGCAAGAAAAUAUGCAGCAAAAUAUCGAAUCAGAAAAUGCAGAAAUUAAAGCUGAAAUAUCGAAAUAUGAUGAAAAAAUUUCUACAUUAGAACAGCAACUACAAGAAGCCUAUGAAAUAAUUAAUAAUUAUGAAGAAUCAAUUCGUGAAUUAAGAACAAUUGUUAAUCAACGAGAAGAUACUAUUGAAAAUUUAAAAGAAAAUAAUUCUUUAAUGAGUGAAAAAAUUAAACAGAUUGAAGAUGAAAUAUUGGAAAAACAAAAUAAACUUGUAGAAAAUAAUGAAGCAAUUGAAAAAUUAACAAAAGAAAAUGAUAAUUAUUAUUCUCAAAUAAAAGACAAUGAAUAUGAAAUAAUAAAAUUAAAUGAACAAGUGUUGCAAUUGAAUAAUAUUAUUGGUGAUUUUAAAAAUCAAGUUACACAACUUGAGGAUGAUGUUGUUUUAUUGAAUGAUAAAUUAAGAUUAAAAGAAAGUUAUGAAAAUAAAAAUGAAGAAAUGUUACGUGAACUUGGAGCUAAUGAAGAAUUAAUUCAAAAUUUAAAUAUUAAAAUUGAUGAAAAGACAAAUGAAAAUGAGGAACUUCGUGGUCACAUUGAAAUAAUAAAUCAAGAAUUAAAUCAACUUCAUGGUAAUUUAUCUGAAAAAGAAAAUAUGAUUUCUUCAAUUGUUGAAGAAAAGAAUAAUUUAUUGUCAAUUGUAUCAGAAAAAAGUGAAUUAUUGGAUAAUCAAUCAGGCUAUAUGAAUCAACUUCAGAGUGAAUUGACUAAUGCAUACAAAAUGAUGGAACAAUUAAAGCUUAAACAUAUUGAAGAUAUUCAAAUGAUGAAUGACAGAACUCAAGAAUUUAUUGAAGAGCUACAAGUAAAAACAACUGAAUUAACAAAAUUACAAUUAAUAUUGGAAGAAAAAGAAAAACUUAUAUCACAAAAUAUGACGGAGGAAGUUAGAAAAUCAUAUGAAGAAAAAAUUGUGUCAUUGGAAAAUCAAUUACAAGAAACAACAGUAAAUAUGCAAAAUCAAUUACAAAAAAUGAAAAUAAUUGCUGCAAAUUUAAAGAAAAAAACAAAUCAGUGUCAACAAUUUGAAAUUAAAAUUGGUGAAUAUGAAGAAAAAUGGACAACUGAAAAAUCAGAAAAACAAGAAAUGACAUUAAAAAUUCAAGAGCUUGAAAUGAUUAUUGAACAAAAAAAAUCUGAUAUUGAAAUAUUAAAUCAGACUGUUUUUGAGCAUAAAAAACAAGUAGAUAUAUCAAAUGAAAAUAUUGAAAAAUUAGGCAAUGAAUUAGAAUUAACAAGAGAUAAAAUUGAAUACUUGAUGCAAGAAUCUGCAAAUUUGAUGUCUGAAAUUGCAACAAAACAUCAUGAAUAUGAUGCUAAAAAUAAUGAAAUUGAAGCUAAAAAUUUGGAAAUUGAAAAUUUACAAUCUACCAAAUAUGAUCUUGAAUGUGAAUUUGAAAGAUUUAAAGUAGCAGCAACUGAAGAAAAAAAUACAGCUGAUGAAAAUUUGGCAAUAUUAACAAAAGAGUUACAGCUAGCUAAAGAAGAAAGUCAGACAUUAAAUGAAGAAAUUUCAUCAUUAAAAACAAUUAAUCAUGAAUUACAUGUCCAGAUGGAACAAAUGACAGUAGAAAUUUCACAAAAAUCAGCAGUUUUAGAUGAAAAAGAAUUAGAUAUAAAUGAAAAAAUAUCAUCAAAUCAACAAAAAACUCUUGAGCUUGAAAAUAAAUCCUUGGAAAUUCAAGAAAAAUCAUUUGAAAUUGAAAAAACAUUACAAGAGUUGCAAGAAAAAUCAUCUGAGCUUAGAAAUAAAGAAAUCGAUAUUGAAAAUAAAUCAUUAGAAAUUGAAGAAAAAACUAAAGAAAUACAAAAUAAAUUAUUACAAAUAGAUGAUAUGUCAGAUGAGAUUUUACGAAAAACAUCUGAAAUUGAUUCUAAAAAUGCUGAAUAUUUGAAACUAACAGAAAAUAUAAUUGCAGAAAAACAAAUGAUGGAAAUAUCAUACGAAGAAAAAUCAGAAAAAGCUCGUGAACUUGGUGUUCGUAUGCAAGUUAUGGAAAAUGAAUAUGUUGAACAAUUAAAUACAAUACAAAAAUUAAAAACAGAAAAUGGUAUGUUAAUGUCAAAACAAGCACAAAUAAAUGAACGUCUUGAAAAUACUGAAAGUGAAUUAAUUGAACGUGAAAAAAUUAUUGAAAAUUUACAAAAUGAAUUAUUACAAAUAAAUAAUCCAGAAAAUCAAGUAACACAAACAUUAGUUAAUAUGCUUGAAUCAAAACUUCAUGAAAGAAAUGCUGAAAUUGAAAAUUUAGAUAAUGAACUUGCAACAGAACUUUUAAGAUCUGGUGAAAUGAUGGCAGCUGGUGAGCAACAACAACAACAAAAACAAGUACAACAAGUACAAGAAAUAAAUCAUUCACUUGAAGAAUAUAAUAAUUUAUUAGCUAAAAAUUCAGAACUAGAACAACAAUUAAAUGAACUAAAUGAAAAAAUUAUAAAUAUUAAUUUAAAAAAUACAGAAAAUGAAAAUAAAAUUAUACAAAUGAAUGAAGCUAUUGAAGAGAGUCAAAAUAUCCAAAGAUUGUAUACAGAACUGUUGGAAAUUUAUGAAAUUCAUAAAAGAGAUUUCGAAAAAAUUAAAGAAAUUAAUAAUCAACUUGAAUUGGAAAAAAAUCAGUUGACUGAAAAAAUUGACAACUUAACUGUUAAUAAAGAGGAUUCAGUAGAACCUCAACUUUUUGAUGCAUCAAAAUUAUUUACAUCAGAAUCAUCAUGGGAUUUAAAGAGUGAAGAUGAAGUAUCUUCAUUAAAAAAACAAUUGCAAGAACAAGAAAUAUCAUACAGCCAAUUAAAAGCAAAUUUUGAUGCAUUAAAUUUAAAAGCUCAAAAUUAUCAUCAACAAAUUGAUGAAUUAAGUGCCAAUAAAAAUGAAAUUGAUGAAAUUAAAAAACAUUAUGAAGAGAAUAAUAAAUCUUUAUUAGAAAAUUUAAAAAUUUUACAAGAUAAUGAAAAUAAUUAUGCAUUAAUAAUAAAUCAAUUUUUCACUGAUAUAAAAAAUAAAGUAGAUGAAGAAAAACUUGUUUUACCAUUUGAAUUAAAUACACAAAUGUUAGAAUCAAAUUUAAAUAUAAUUUCAUCAAUAAUUGAUGAUUUAAAUAUACAAAAAAGUCAAUUAAUUAAAUAUAAAAAAGAUUCUGUAACCAAAGAAGAGCUUAAAUGUGAUGAAACAUCUGAAUUAUCAUCAACAGUUUGGAAUGAAGAAAUAAAAAUUGAUGAAGAUGAAGAAGUAUGGGCUUGGAAUCAACAAGAAGCUGAACUAUCAACAGUUCCUCCAGUAUCAAUAUGUACAAAUGAAACAAAAUUAUAUGCUAAAAUUGCUGAACUUGAAGAUACAAUAAAAGAUUAUGAAAAUGAAAAAGCUAAAUUAAAUGAAGAUAUUAAAGCAUCACAAAUACGUUGUGGUAAACUUGUUAAAAAAUUAAAAGAAUAUAAAAUACAAAAUGAAAAUUUACAAAAACAAAUUAAAAUACAAUCAUCAAGUGGUGGUUUUGAUGAACUUAAUACAGCAAUUGAAGAUGAACUUAAAUGUCAAAUAAGUAAACUUGAAAAAACAUUGCUUGAAUUAAAAAAUGAUAAUGAUAAAAUAAUACUUGAACGUGAUCAAUUAUCAAAAAGAAUUGAUGUUUUAAUGGCAGGAAAUGAAAGAUUUACAGAAUUAAAAGAACGUCAAGAACGUGAAAUUCAAGUUUUACAAAUACAAAAUAAUGAACUUACAAUAAAGCUAGAAAAUUAUGAACGUAAUUAUUCAGAAAUUCCAAUUGUUAAAACAAAUGAAAAUGAAAAUUUAGAAGUCAUGGAAAAUACAGAAAAUAAUGAAAAUAUUUCGAAAGAUAAAUUUAAUGAAUUACAAGAAUCAAUAGAAAUUUUAUCAUCAGAAAAUGAAGAACUUAGAUCAUUAAUUGAAAAUGAAAAAAUAUUACGAGUUGAUGCAGAAAGUAAAUUGACUGAAAAAUUACAACAAAUUGAAGAAGAAAAUGCUCAACGACAAUCUUUUGAAGAAACAGAUAAAGAAAAGUUAAAUGAACAAAUUCGAGAAAUUGAAGAGACAAAAAAACAAGCUGAAGAGCAAUUAAUUACAUUGGAAAAUAAUUAUAAAGAAAAAAUAAAUUAUCUUGAAAAUACUAUUGCUGAAAAAUCCCUAAAAAUUGAUUACUUUGAAGAAAGUCUUAAAAAUUCACAAUUAGAAUUACAAAAUAUUAGUGAAUCAUUAGAAAAUACAAGUGAAUUAUUAAGUGUUCGUGUUAAAGAAGUAUCUGAAUUAAAAAGCCAAAUUGAAGAAUUAAAAAUUGACAAAGCAAAUAUUGAAUCACGUCAAUUAAAUGUUGAGGAAAUUGGAAAAUCAUUGAAUGAAAAAGAUGAAGAAAUAAUUGAAAUAUCAAAAUUAAAUCAACAAUUAGAAAAUAAAUUAUCGGAAAUUUCUUUCAUGUCUUCUAAAAUUGAAGAAUUAAAUUUAGAAAGAGAACAAAUGACACUAAAAAUUGAUAAUCAAACACAAGAAAUAAUUUUCCUAAAAGAAAAAUUAGAUGAAAAAGAAUGGUUAUUAGAAAAAAUUAAUUCUGAAAAAGCUCUUGAUCAACAAAAAUUAACAUCUUAUGAAGAAGAAAUUGAAAAUUCUAAUGUCUUGAUAAAUCAAUUACAAAAUUCAAUAACAAUUUUAGAACAAAAUAUUAAUGAAAAAACAAAUGAAUUAUCAAUAAAACAAGAAGAAAUUGAUAAAUUUGAAAAAACAAUUUUACAAUUAUCCAGUACUCCAGCUGUUGAAAUUACUGAUGAAGAUAAUAUUGAAAUGAAAAAUCAAGUAACACAAUUAAAAGCUGAAUUAAAUACAAAACUUGAAGAAAUUGAAAAUUGGAAAUACAUGUUAAAUGAAAAUACAUAUCCAAAAAUUCUUCAAGAAUUACAAGAUAAAGUUAAUUUAUUGUACAAUGAAAAAAUACAACUUGAACAAGCAUUAACAAUGGCUCAACAACAAUUACAAUUACAAAAAAAUCAAGAAACAACAGAUAAUAUUAAUGAAAUUGAAAAAAUAUUAAAAUUCAAAGAUGAAGAAAUAAAUUUAUUAAUUAAAAAAUUAGAAGAUAAAACAAUUGAAUGUUCAUUACUUGAAAAUGCAUUAGCUAAACAACUUCCUAAAAAUUUUGAUAAAUCAGAUAUUACAUUGAGUGAUGAUGAAAUCCAAAGAAAAAAUAAAGAAUUAACAUCUAGUGAGCUUGAUAUUGCACUUUAUAUGUUGCAUCAACGUGAUGUAAGAUGUGAAGAAUUAACACAUGAAUUAAUGCAGUUAUUAGAAGAAAGAGACACAUUACAAUUGCGACUAUCCAAUACAAUUAGAUUAAAUGAAGAAUUGCGAAGAAUUUUACCAGCUGAUGUUGAAAAAAGUAUUGCUGAAAAAAUGCCAGUUAUUGAUGAUGAUCAACCAUCAACAUCAGAUACUGAAAAUAAAAUUGAACUCGCUCAAAAGUUAUCACAGCUGCAUACUGUUGGUCAUCGACGUGAUGUGAGAUUAAUGGAUGAACGAGAAUUACGUAAUACACAACAAAUGUCAUUGUUGGCACACAAAGAUGCACUUAGUACAUUACCACCUGAUGCUGCUGCAAGACUCAUCAAUGCUAAUUAUACUCUUUCACGAGACGUUCAGAGCCCAUCUAGCGUGCUACUUAAUUGGCUGUGGGGUAAAAGUACACCAAAAGUCGUUCACAUGUGACCAAAAAGAAAUUUUAUCGACUGGAUGUCAUCGAAAUCUUGAAAAUUCCUUUAAACAUUCCUUUUAAAAAAUAUAAAUUCGACUGCCAAUCGAAUGUUUAUUAUUUUUGUUUGUUAAAUGAUUUUUUGAAGAAUAAAAUUUUUAAAAAAUAAAUCAUCUCGCAAUGUCGAUUGAUAAUUAAAAGAAGAAAAAAAAAAAAUUAUAUUUGUAUAUUCAAUGAGUCAUCUCGAGUGUUUAUUAUUAAUUUAUAAUUGUUUAAUGUUGGUGCCUUUAUGUAUCAAAGUGUCAAAAAUUAAUUGAUCAUUUUUAAUGACAAUUAGAGUUAAAAUAAGAAUUAAAAAAUGAGGAAAAAAUAUAAAAACUGUCAUAUUGUUUUAUAAUAUAUAAAUAUUAUUGUAUAAAAAUUAACUAGGACAUGUAUUUACUAACGAAAAAAAAAAAAUUAAAUAAAUAAAAUGUAAAUUUUUCCUCCUA